AUGUGGGACAACAACUGCAACAACUCAAAGACUUCUGAAAAAUUGAGUUGUGGUAGGUUGAAUGAUGCGGUUAACCGGUUGCAUGAAGAGGAAGACUCCAUGAUGAGUUUGAAAGGAUUUCAAUGCACAGUAGAGUGGUAUUUGAACUCGAGUUGUUCAACUCAUAUGACAGGGAGGAAGGUUUGGUUUGUCAAAAUCAAUUGUGCCAUGAAGAACAAAGUAAAGUUCGCGGAUGACACCACUCUAGUGGCUGAUGGGAUCGAUGAUGUUUUGAUCAUGAGAAGGGAUGGUGGACAUUCCUUGAUCAAAUAUGUCUUGUACAUUCCGGGAAUAAAAUGUAACCUUCUAAGUAUUGGUCAAUUUCUUGAGAAGGGUUACAAGAUUCACAGGGAAAACAAGGGGUUGCGCGUUAUGAACGCAAAAUGA